AUGUUGCGUCUGGAGGGUGAGAAUGCGCGGCAAAGAUCGGUCGUUGCUAACCUGCAGAAGCUCGUUUAUUGCUGCCUAUAUUUGAGAUUUAUCAAGGACGGAUCAUUAUUUUUGAUCCUCAUGGGGUGGAUAAUUUCAUCGCUGUGCGAGUUCGUCCAGGAAUUGACACUGAGGUACUUGAAGAAGAACUACUUGGGGGUGGACAGUGGCCCCGACCAGGGAGAUGACGAGAGCCUUUCCAUCAGAGGGCUAGAGACGCCCAUUGUAAGAAUGAUAAUAAACAAGGCUAUACGAUACUAUCAAGGCUUGAUACUUCUGGAAACGGCGUAUUGCAUAGUGUACCACAUCAGGCUGGACGUAGCGAGAGACAUAUGUCCCAAGCCGUACGGAUUUGUAGUGAUGCUUUUGAUAAGGGAGUUCACGUGUCCCGCGCCCGCUGGGUUGCCCGGCAAGCUGCUUCUGGUCCUGCUUGACCUGGUGGUACUUUUCAGCCAGGUCAUAGUAAUGAACGCCUCAUUGAGUGCGCGCUUCCAGAACGUACGGCUCAUCGUUAAGGAGCUGGAUGCGGACGAAGAAGGGGCCCUUAAUAUUCUCAAGUUCAAUACGUGGCACAUGGACGCAAGCGGCCCGGAGCUCAUAGUCCACAGGAACCACGAUGACUCCCUUCCGCAACAUGUAGAUGUAGAUGAAGAUGACGCUACUGAGUUUACGCCUUUACUGGGCAACGCCGAAGAAGACCAAGAGUAG